AUGGCCUCUUCGAUGAUUUUGUUUGCACUGGCUAAUAGCCAAGCGACAGCAGAGGCACCGACAACGGCGGUCUACAAAGGUAUCUAUGACGAGGAACUGGACAUCAUCGACAACGUCACAAUGGCUAACCAAACAGUCACCUCCGUCAACCCAGCCUUACUGAAUUCUGAGAACAAAACUUCGCCAGGUUAUGGGGUGGUAAUCAGCUCUACGGUGACUGGCAUCUUCAGCGCCGUGGGCACCAUAGGCAAUGGCAUGGUGAUUACAGCCUUCUGCACGUACAGACAGGUUCGAACGUCCGCAAACUCCUUCAUCCUCAGCAUCAGCAUCAGUGACAUCAUCAUCACCGGUUUUCAGUACCCAGUAGGGAUGGCCUCCAGCAUCAUCGGUGCCCCUUCUCUCGGACACGCCAUGUGUCCCAUACUAGGCGCCUUAUUCUUUUUCAGUAUCUACGUAUCGUCGUCCUCUAUGGUCCUGAUCGCCUUCAACAGAUACAUACACAUCACCAUGUCAACAGACACAUAUAGGAAACUGUUCAGCCCCUUCAUGUCGUUUUUGUGGAUUUUGUUGUCGUGGGUCGUGAGUGGGUUGUUGGUAGCUCCUGCAUUUCUAGGCUACGACGAAUUUGGCUGGAACAAAAACCGAAUCUGUAGCGUGAUGGAAGGCAGCCCUUACAGUCCUCAAUACGUGUCCAACAUCUUUGGAGCUUUCUACUGGCUGGUGUUCUGUGUGGUAGUCUGCCUCUAUGUGAGGAUCUACCUCUUCGUGAAAAAAUCCGUAGUGACGAUGGCAGCGAAUCAAAACGUUGCCAACCCUGGGCAGUACGUGUCAAAAAGAAUGCUCAAACAAACCAAACACAUGUUCAUCAUCUUCAGCAUCUUCACCGUCUGCACGGCCCCCGGGGUGCUGUUUUUCAGUAUCAAUGUACAUGUGGACUUCUUGCCGUUUGCAGCGAUAGUAGUGUCGUUCACGCUGUACCGCUUGAAGUAUGUCCUGAACCCUUUCCUGUACGCCUGGAAGCUGCCUUUGUUCAGGCGUGCUUUUAAGGCCCUCAUUCGCUGCAAGCGGCAGCUGCCGUUUCAGGCUGGAGCUCCUGUGAACUAA